CAUUUUCUUAAAAAUAAGAAAAAAUUGAACUAUAAAAUAAAUUCUUAAAAGAAGAAAUUUAAAAGUCUUUUCAACAAAAUCUAUAUAAUAUUUAAUCUUAAGCAUAAGAUUUAACAGAAAUCACCGGAAAUUUAAAAAGCUCUUUAAAAACCUAUAAAAAUGAUACAAAUGUUUAAUUUUAAGCCUAAAACGAAUAACUUUAGACUCUCAAAUCUUCCCUUAUGGAAAUUUCUUUACAAAAAUUAGAAAAGUCAGAAUUUCUAGAAGCAUUAUCAAAUUAGAAUAAAAUAUUAGAUUAAAAAACAGAUAUUUCAGAAGUCUAAAAUGCCCUAAACUAAUGUCAACAGGAUAUGUCUGAGCGCUUUUUGGAAUUCCAAGAGGAAAUAAAAGGAAUAAUUUUACAGAAUAUGAACGAAAAUGUUGAAAUACUAGAUAAAAAAGCCAACUUAUGCGAUGUUUAAUUAUUAUUGAAAGAAAAAGCAGACUUGAAUACUAUCCAGGCACUUGUUUCAACUAAAGUAAGUGCAUAAGAAGUUGAAGAUUUGCGUAUAAAAAGUGAAAAAGCAUAUAAAGAAUGUGAAAAUAAACUCAAUUCGAAACAUUUUGAGUAAAUAAUUAAACUAUUAUAAGGACAAAUAGAAUAAAUGUAAAAAGAUUUGCUUUAAAAGGGAAAUAUUAAGGAUUUUUGCGCUAUUUUAGAUACAAAAACAAGCAUAAAUGAUGUUAAUAAUGCCCUCUAAUAAAUACAUAAAGAGCUAGAAAAAAAAGCCUUUUAAGAUGAUGUAAAUACCUGUUUUAUGAAUUAAAAUCUAUUAAAUUCUUAAUAUUCGGCUGAAAAUAUGCUCAUUAAAUUGGCUUGGAAAUCUGGAGAAUUAAAAAUAGGUCAAUUCGUACCUUGGGAAAAUGAAAUUAGCAAUUAUUUCGUUGAAAAUUUUAGUUUAGAAAGGGAAAAAACUACUAUCAAUGUACUAAAUGGAGGCUUUUAUUAAAUAUAUUUAGCAUUUUUUGCAAAAAAAAAACCUACUAUAUAGAUUUUAAUUAAUGGGGAACCUAUAAUGUCGGCUGUAAAUACUUCUAGUUAUGUACUUCAUCAUUCUUCUGGUAAAUUAAAAGAUAUUAAACACACAAAUGGAAAUGUUACAGGUCUCACCCUUAUUGAUUUCCUUAAUUUGCCAAAUAAAUGUAAAAUAAGUGUCACUUUUAGUGGAGAAAACAGUUUAGAAAAUCUUGGUUUUAUUACAUUAAAAAAAAUAUGA